AUGGCACGUAUAUGCACGGGGGCCAAUGUUGAGCUUGCUCUCAAGGAUAUUGUGCGUCAUGCGAUGGAAAAGGCAUUCCCCACCAUUAGCACACCGGAGGUUCUCAUUUCACUGGGUAAAGUCACAGAGUACCAGUGCAACAAUGCGAUGGGAUUAGCCAAACUUCUCUCCAAGGCAACACCUCCGAUGAAGAUGAGUCCUAUCAAUGUUGGUGAGGAGUUAAGAAAGAAUCUUGAGGAGAAUGAUCUCAUUGAAAGGUUUGAACCGACACCACAGGGGUUCAUUAACAUCGCCAUCAAACAGGAAUGGGCAGCUACCAUGGUGUCGCGUUUGCUUAAAAUGGGCAUUCAGCCUCCCAUAAUCCCUCCAAAAAAGGUGCUUGUGGACUUUUCUUCACCCAACAUUGCGAAGGAGAUGCAUGUGGGUCAUCUCCGCUCCACCAUUAUUGGCGAAACCAUUUGCCGUCUUUUUGAAUUCUGUGGCUUUGAGGUGCACCGCAUCAAUCAUGUGGGUGAUUGGGGCACGGCGUUUGGUAUGCUUAUCCUGUACUUGAAACGUCAGCACCCGAACUUUCUUACUGAAAUGCCGGACAUUACGGAUCUUACUAAAUUCUACCGUGAGGCCAAAAAAUGCUUUGAUGAGGACCCCAAGUUUAAGGAGGAGGCAAGACUGCAGGUGGUUAAGCUCCAGGCAUUGGAAAAUGAAUCUAUUCAAGCGUGGAAAAUUAUUUGUGACAUUUCCCGGAAAGAAUUUAGUCUCAUUUAUGAUCGUCUGGGCACUCGCAUCGAGGAGCGUGGAGAGAGUUUCUACAAUCCUAUCAUUCCAAGGGUGUUGAGUCUGCUUCAGGAAGCUGGAAAGCUAGAGGAAAGCAGCGGCGCGAAGCUUGUCAUUAGCAAGGAGAAGAAGUUGAUCAGUUCACUGAAUGCGAAAGAUAUGGCCAAACUUAUUGUGCCACAUCUUAUUCAAAUUUGGCGUGAUAACACGGUAGAGUUCCACGUGAAUAUGAUCACGGUACUGAGGGAGGUGGGUAUCUUGACGGGUGAGGAAGGCAACGAAACAAUAAUGCUUUCAAAGAAGGAGACCAAACCGCUAUCAAAGUUUGAUGCACGCACAGACAUUGACAAGAUUGUACCCAAACUUGAACCUUAUUAUAAGAAUCAGUUGUCGCCACUUUUUCGUGAAGUUUUUGAGGCGGCAGGUAUAACUGAUGGGGAUACAAUUGCCGUCCCGCGGUUCAAUUUUCCACUCAUUCUUCAGAAGAGUGACGGCGGGUUCACAUAUGAUACCACCGAUGUUACGUCAAUGUAUCACCGAUUUGUCAUGGAGAAAAUGGAUCGUGUUGUUUACUGUACAGAUGUGGGACAAUACGAGCACUUCCGUAUGUGCGCUCAGCUGGCGAAAGACAUGGGAUGGAUGGGGGAUGCGACGUGGGAUCAUGCCGGUUUUGGUCUUGUCACGGGCGCGGAUGGCAAAAAGAUUAAGACCCGCAGUGGCGAGACGGCAAAACUAAAGGAUUUACUUGACGAGGCGGUGGAGCGUUCCAUAGCCAUUUUAGAGGAACGUGAAGGUGGUGAACGUAGUCAGGGGCAUACAAAAGAAGAAAUGGAAACCCUGUCUAAAAUUAUUGGUAUCGGUGCCAUCAAAUAUUUUGAUUUGAAGCAGAGUCGUGUUAAUGAUUACGCUUUCAGUUACGACAAGAUGCUUGAUAUGUCAGGUAACACCGCCGUGUUUCUCUUGUAUCAGUACGCCCGUUUAUGUUCCAUCAAACGCAAGGCAAAUGUGAGUGAAGAUGAAUUCAUGAAGGCGGAAGUAGUCAUCAACACUCCGCAGGAAAAGCGGCUGGCGCUUUGUGCCUUCCGCAUGGAAUCUGUUCUGUUGAAGACUGUGGAGGACCUCUUUCCUCACCAUCUCACGGAUUUUGCGUAUGAGUUAGUGUCAUGCUUCUCUGACUUCUUUCAGAACUGCAAGGUUGUUGGGGAUCCCAUGCAAAACAGCCGUCUCUGUCUUGUGGAGCUCACACGCAUCACAUUGAAAAAGGUUUUUGAUAUCCUUAACAUUGAGGCGACAGAACGGAUUUGA